ACCGUCUCGUUCAGGUUCAGACCCUCUGUGGUUAAAGACUGCAUCCAUGCUGUGCUCAAGGAGGAGCUGGCAACCGCUGAGUACUCUCCAGAAGAAACACCUCCGCUCACAAAGCGUCUAUCAGAAACGAUUAAAGAUAAAUUAAAAACAAUGGGAUUUGACCGAUAUAAAAUGGUGGUGCAAGUAGUUAUUGGAGAACAAAGAGGUGAAGGAGUAUUCAUGGCUGCCCGCUGUUUCUGGGAUGCUGACACUGACAACUACAUUCAUGAUGUUUUUAUGAAUGACAGUUUGUUCUGUGUUGUAGCAGCAUUUGGCUGUUUCUACUAUUGAAAAUUUGAAAGCUGGGAAAAGGUAUGACUAUGAAGAAAUAUGAACUUUUUUAUAUUGUUAAAUAUCUUGACAAAAUAAAGAUAACUUGGCAGUUUGGCAACUGAGUCUGUUGAGUUUUAGGACUUACA